CUUGUCAAAGACACCCAUGCCUCACCCUCAAAAUCACACUCUAACAAAUGGAUCUUAUCAUAUUCUGAUUAGUGGACAAAUUGUGUGAAGCAAAAACAUAGCACUUAGAUAUGUACGUCACACAGUAUUACACCAUGCAACGAAUUAAUAAAUGGUACUCGUUAUUGCUGAUUAUUUAACACAAUGCCAUCUUUUUUUAAGUAAUUGCCAUAAUUGACAGAUCAUAUGACAAUCACAAAUUAUGAUCGUCAGCUACGUAUAAUAAUAUAAUUAAUGAAUGAUUGACAUGUAAUGAGAUUCAGAUAUUUAAACUUGAAUUUGUGUUAAUUAAAAGACACAGUUUCAUCCAAGCAAUACGAAUCAAAUCAAAAUGUGGUACCCUAAAAUUGCACCUUUGCUAUUUAUAUUUGCACAUGUACAAGGGCAGCAAUUUCCUCCUUUACAAUCUUACAAUGUGGACCCAACGUCAAUAACAAUAUCUGGAAUAUCAUCGGGUGGGGCCUUCGCGACACAGGUUCAUUUUUCUUACUCAUCUCAAAUCAUUGGUGCUGGGAUUUUUGAAGCUGCCGCAUAUCCGUGUGCUCUAGUUGAAGAAGAGUUCUUAAACUGCCUCGGAACUCCGUACAAGACAAAUAUCUCGAACCUGAUUCGAGCAGCCGCUAGCCUGGCUGACCAAGGGUUGAUCGACCCCUUGACCAACAUGAACGACUCAAAAGUUUAUGUGUACCAUGGCAUGAAUGACUCGGUCGUCCCGUUCCUGUCAAGUGGAAAUGUUGUCGACAUGUACAAGAGAUUGGGGGCAGAAGUGCAUGCACAACUUUCCAUUAAUGCUGGUCACGGCCAACCAGUUGACGGUAAUGGAUUCGGAGGACCGUGUGGGGAACACAAUGCUGACUACUUUUACAUUAAUGAAUGUGGUUAUAACGCAGCGUAUGAAAUGCUCAACUUUUUCUACGGCGAAAAUCUAACCCGACCAGAGAAAGGGUAUCAACCAGAUGGACUAAUUGUUGAUUUUAAUCAACUCGAAUUCUCUGUGUACGACCCAAUCGUAAUCUCCAUGUCGCCGAAAGGAUAUCUUUAUGUUCCAAAAAAUUGCCAGAAUGGAACAACAAAAAUGUGCAGAUUUCAUAUUGCAUUUCAUGGGUGUAAUUCUAACGAGUUCCUCGGAGGAUACGCGGCCGCUUAUAAAACCCACUAUGCUGAAGUGGCUGAACUUAACGACAUUAUUAUUUUGUUCCCACAAUCUGCCAUUACAGUGAUCAAUACAGCAGGCUGUUGGGAUUUUGCCGGACUCAGCGGUGUUCCUGAUUAUGCAACUAAACGUGGAAAACAAGUAUCCGCUGUUGGUCGUAUGAUGAGCCGGAUUUUGGGAGAAAACAGAUAACUUUAUUGUUCCAUCUGUACAACAAAAUUUAUUGCUGCAAUUUACAAUAAAAAUAAUUUGAUCGAUUAA